CAGAAUAUACAUACAUAACGUUACCUACAUACAUAACAAUAUCUAAAUAACGUUAGAAAAAGCUUAAAAUGUUGUAUCGAAGAGCGGCUGCGUUUCUAAUGAUUCAGAUUCGUGUUUUACAAACAAUUUCUCACGCAAUUGAUAUGCGAGACAUGAAAGUCUUUGAAAUUGCACUGGAUGAUGUGACGUACGAUGAGGAGAGCGAAAAUGAAAUGAUUCAACCAGGAGAUCUUGCGGAUUUAAAACCUCUCGUAGAGGAUGAAGGCAGAUAUGGACCGUUACAUUCUCAUGUAAAAUAUUACAAUGAGCGUAACGCCGAAGGCAAGAAACAAUAUUCAGAUGUAUUUUUCUACUUACGAUCACACACGAAAGAGAUAUUCAAUUUGGAGCAAGAAAAUAAACCAUUUGUCGCUGGUUUUAAGCAUAAUUUGGAUAAGUAUUUCUUCAAAACCACGAAGCAGAGUGUUGAUGUAACAUCAAUCAAGACAAUUAAUCAUAUUGAGUCUGAAAAGAACAAGAGAAAUGCGCAGAUUUUUAAAAAAUUACAGAAUUACAAAAAGAGCACAACAAAUGUUGCCACAGACAAAAGUGUAAAAGGCGUAGUUAGAGUAAAACGCGAAGAGACAACCAACCAUUAUGAAACAACUUUGAACGAAGAGAUGGAUUUUUUUCAAGUGAUAAGAAACAGAAAUGUUACAACUGAAGAGAUGGAAACGACUGCAGGAUACUUGGCGAAAACGCCAGAGACAUAUACACAAUACAACUUGUACGAAUAUGACCAGGAAACUAUGAGUGACGCGACGAAAAAUCUUCUGGACCAGUCUUCGAUCUCGGAAAGAUCAUCUACACUCGCAGAUAACGAAAGUUCUCACGAAGAAUCAUAUGAUUAUGAAAGAUUCAAAAUGGAAUACGAACAGCAGCUCGAAUACGACAUAAAGGAAGGGAAAAUACUGAAUUAUACUGACAAUGAGAAGAAAGAACCGCUGAAGAAUACGCUGAAAGGAGCAUUGAAAAGAAUAAUGGAUUUGAAACGACCCAAGAACUGUACGAAGGAAGAAUUAAGUCAGAUUGGAAUUAAAGCCAUAGAAUGCCUUUUGUACGAUUAUCAGCGCGCGAAAGACAUAACGACUGCGAAGCUGAUCCUCUCGAGGACAUGGAUGGUGCUGCUGCUGUUUCCGUUGCAAGUUUUGUUUUCCACGAAAAAGGAUUAUACUUGUCAAACAAUAUUACGCAACGAAUCCACCUGGUAUUUUCGUCAAGGACUUAAAAAAAGUGAAAGAUGUGAAAGAGCCUGUUAAAUAUGAGGCUACUGAAUACGAAUAUAACGCGUACAAAACUUUUGAAGCUGCGAUAAGAAAUAUAUGAAUAUUACCGCGUUCGCUAACCGCUAUUUACUAACCGCAUAUAACUUGUGUAUGUUGGUCAGAACUCUUUCGCUACGGAAGUAGAAACACUUUCCUGGGUGUACGAAUGAGAAAUAUGUUUUACACACACGCACACACACACACACGUUAUGAUUGCGUCCAACCUUAUUAAUAAUUAAUAUGAUUUAUUCGAUGAUCAUGUAGACGUAUCAACUAAUGAAACGUUUGUUCAACAUAGAUCUAAUUUGCAUAGCAGGAAGACAUAAAAGUUGUAUGAUAGUAGAUGCAUUAUUUGAAUAAAGC